CCCACUCUGACACUUAAUCUCCUGUCUCACCUGGAACCUUCCCUAUCACCCACUGACUGGCACACUUCUUUUGCACUAAGCUUCUACCACAUCUCCUUGGAAAAUACUGCCUGACUUUCCUUAAUCCCAGAGCUGCAGACUGCUUGUCACUCACCAAAAACCCAUCAUGUCCCUGGUGUCACUAAAGUUCCAGGCCCUGGGUGAAGAUGAGGAGGAGAACAAGGAGGCAGAGAGCCUAGACUCUGUGAAGGCACUGACGGCCAAGCUGCAGUUGCAGACACGGCGGCCGUCAUAUCUGGAGUGGACAGCUCAAGUCCAGAGUCAGGCCUGGCGCCGGCCACCACUCCAACUUCGGCCAGGUGGGCCUGGGACCAUCUGCGGCUUCCCCUCAAUGGAUUCUGCCCUUGAGUGGCUCCGCCAGGAGCUGCAAGCGAUGCAGGCCCAGGACCGGCAGCUGGCAGGACAGCUGCUGAGGCUGCGGGCGCAGCUGCACCGGCAGAAGGUGGACCAAGCCUGUCACCUGCACCAGGAACUGUUGGACGAGGCCGAGAUGGAGCUGGAGUUGGCCCCGCCGCUGCGGCACCUCGGCCUGACGCGCAUGAACAUCAGCGCCCGGCGCUUCACCCUCUGUUGAGGGACCCCUGCCUCUCCUGGGCCCUUGGGGUAGGGAACUGAGGGAAA